AGCAGGACAGAUGGACUUAGGAAUCAGAGCGGCAGCACUGUUUUUACGAGGCAGAGACAUAAGUACUCUAAUUUAUAUCGUACUCUGACAACUUGUUUGAUCUGUGUGUCUGUUUUCCCACUGUAUUGUUUCUGAUGAGAUAGAACAGACGACUGGAUUGCAGGCUCACUCCUGGAAAAUUACGUCAGGGAGAGGAGUGGGGCUGCAGUUUUGGAUGCUGAGUGGAGACUGAAGAAAGCAUGCGCUUUGGUACUAUACUUCUACAAAAUCCUAAUAUGCUUUUCUGAAACUCCUGCAAGGUACCACUUGUGGUGUUUUUCUCUCUCUUGUUUUAUUUUGCAGCUUACAAAGUGCUGUAGGCAAAGCAGCCUUCGGAGAAUUGCACUGGCAUGGUGACCCAGCUUCAUACUGCUGCUGGUUUAAAUGCAGCAAGUGUUUUGACUGAAUGAGUUGGAAGAAACCUGGACAUAUCUUGUAUUUCAAGAUUGGCAUUUCAACAGCCAACGUGAGAGGGACAGGAGCAACUCCAGAAAGGGCUUCUCUGAAGUUGAGUACUAUAGUUGGCUUUAAAGAAAAUGAAAAAAGAAUGCACCUCAAGGUCUUUCAGACUCAAACAAAAUUCAGGUUCCCUCUCGCGUGCUGUGAGCUGGAUAAAUUUCUCCUCCUUGUCUAGGCAGACAAAAAGAUUGUUUCGCAGUGAUGGUGAGCUCUCAUCAAUAGGUAGGCAGGUAGAAGAGGAUGAUGAGAACUGGACCUGCAGAACUCAACACAGAAAAGCUGUCUCCAACCUAGAUGAAGAAAGUAGAUGGACAGUCCAUUAUACUGCUCCCUGGCACCAGCAGGAAAAUGUAUUCCUGCCCUCCACGAGGCCACCUUGUGUGGAGGAUCUGCAUCGCCAAGCCAAGCUGAACCUCAAGUCGGUACUAAGAGAAUGUGACAAGCUGCGGAGGGAUGGCUAUCGAAGUUCUCAAUAUUACUCUCAGGGUCCAACCUUCUCUUCUUCUAGUGCAGCCUGUGGAAGUUACCAAGAUGAUUAUGAAGAAAUUGAACGAAAGUCUAGUCUGUUAGACUGCAUAUCUCAGUCUUGCAUUAGCACCUGCUGUUCCUUGGUUCCGUGGAGCCUCAAGUGCUCAGUCCCUUCUCCAGAAGAGGAAAAGCUUAUUAGCAUCAAGAGAGCUAGAACACCAGUUUCAAAUGAAUGUUCUGAUAUCAACACCCAAACUAACUGGACCAAGUCACUUCCAUUGCCAACACCAGAGGAGAAAAUGCGACAGCAAGCACAAGCAGUCCAAACAGAUGUGGUUCCUAUUAAUGUAACUGGGGAGAAUUUCGACCGCCAAGCCAGCAUUCGGCGGUCUCUAAUUUACACAGACACUGUGGUAAGACGGCCGAAGAAAGUCAAAAGGAGAAAGACUAUUACAGGAGUCCCUGACAACAUACAAAAGGAGCUAGCAGUUGGCACUGGCCAAAGUGACUUCCGUGGGCAUUCGAUGCAUGUCCCAGAUCACUAUUCCACACUAGGGAGACUAGACAGCUACCGCUCUGCUAUACAGAGAUCUGAAACCAAGGACACCAGCUGCCAGACAGAAGAAGUCAAAGUUGUGCCCCCUUCAGUGAGAAGAAUACGAGCACAGAAAGGACAAGGGAUUGCGGCCCAGAUGUCGCAGUUCUCCAGCUCAUCUGGAAACAUGUCUGUGAUGAGUGAUUCCGCUGGGGUUAUAUUUGCCUCUCGCCUAAAUAACAACAUGGGUUUUCAUAGCCUGCCUCGACCUGGAGCAAGAGUGUCUCUGCAGUCACUAGACCAAAGGCAGAGCAUCUCUAACCAGGCAGAAGACAUCACUGGCAGUUUGUCACACGAGAUAAGCAAGUUGCAGGUUGAUAAUAGUGUGGUCCAUAUGAGGAAUAACCUUAGGACUGGGACACUGCCACGGCCAAAGUCCCAAGAGGUGAGAAGUUAUGAGAGUGAAAAAGCUGCAAGCCCAGCAUGUGUGGUCUCUCCUCAUGCUACAUAUGCAACCAGCAUCAUACCAAAUGCCACAAUAUCAUCCUCUUCAGAAGUUAUUGUGAUUCAUACCACCCAGAGUGCUGGACCAUUGGAUAGUAAAAUCACCAGCUCAUCUUCCUACACAAAACCCAGAGACAGUCCUGUUGCCAGCAAUGCAGUAAGCAUGAAAGAAGAUCACCAUUCUUCUAGCGGUAACUGGAGUGAGAGCAGCUCAACACGCCACUCCCAGACCUCAGACACUGUCUCGUCUAAUGCUACCAUGAUGCUCUCCCUUGGUGACUCAGCAGUAUCUCUCAGCACUCCAGGAAAUGUGGAGAAUACGUCCCAAAGUAUGAGCUAUAGCUGUAGAAACAAUCUCCCUUUCCCAGGCCACUCCCAGGAUAGCGAUGGCAGAAGUGAAUCCAGUUUUUCAGGGGACAGAUCACAAAGCAACAGUAUAAACAGCACAGAGCACUGGGUAUACGAAUCUAGAGAAAAUGAUGAGACACCCUCCCACAAGCCAACCUGUGCCGCGGCAGGUUAUUCCACUCCUGUAAGCAACGUGAGUAGCAGCAGCCUAGAGCGGACUUCUGUCAAAGAAGAUUCAAGUUCUCUGUAUUCAGUGGACCAUGAUGGCUACUACACUACCAUGCAUAUGGACUCUGGACUCAAGUCAAGUAAACUAUGCAAUAGUAAUAAUGGUUUUGGAAACCCCAGGCACAGUGUGAUUAAUGUUUUUGAUGGAAAUGAGAAGAAAAAUCAAGACGAGCGGUCAAGCAACAGUGACAAAUCCCUCAUACGAAACAUAUCUUUGAAAAAAGCAAAGAAGCCACCUCUUCCACCAUCCAGAACAGACUCACUCAGAAGAGUCCCAAAAAACAACCCCCAGUCCAGCGGACAGGUACUUGAUGAAACACUAAUCGCUACCCUCCAGCAUUCACUGCAGUUAAACCUUCAGUGCAAAAAUGGUAGCUCCCCCUCCCAAAGUCCAUGCAGUGAUUAUGAGGAUCCCUGGGUGCUGCGCUCUCGCAGCCAGAGCUCUGUCAGCGCAAGUAGCAGCAUGAUGUCCACAACAGCUCCAAAUAUGUACUCUCUCUGUACUGUCACUCCAUCACAGAGUGACACAAGCAGCAUCAAGUCAGAGUAUGCUGACCAAUGGGGUUACUACAGUGACUGUGCUGGGAUGCCAGAUGAUCAGUUCAAAUGCCCAGUGGCUCGUUCUGCAAGCAUGACAGCCAGCCUCAAUGAUUACAGCAUCAGCCACCUCAAUGAGGGCUCAAGGGCUUCUAUGCCCCAAGUGGCCAGUGGACUGACCAAACCAAAGAACACUUCUCCAGAGAAGUCUCACAGAGUCACAUCACCAUCUAGUGGGUACUCUAGUCAAUCAAAUACACCCACAGCACUUACUCCAGUGCCCAUGUUUUUAAAAUCCAUGUCACCAGCAAAUGGGAAAUCCAAGUUGAAACCGAAAGUGCCUGAGAGAAAAUCUUCUCUGCUAUCUUCAGUAUCCGUCUCUUCAUCCUCCACUUCUCUUUCUUCCAAUACAUCUACUGAAGGGAGUGUGAACAUGAAGAAACUGGACCCAGCCCUGACCUCCCCUCCUGAUGCUGCUGGCCCUCCACCUCUGACCCCUCCACAUUCCCCUGAUUAUCCUCUCCCUCCUCCGCCCCCUGCCCCAGCAGAUGGAAUGGAUCUGCCUCCAUUACCAGCCUCUCCCAGCUUCCCCCCACCACCGCCAGAAGCUAUUAUAAAUCCUUCCUUUCCCCUGAGUGGUCCAUGGUUUCCUUCUCCUCCACAGGAAACAUCAUUCAGUCCUUUUUCGGCCCCUUCUCCUCCCCUUCCAUCCCCUUCUUCCUCCAUUUUCCCCAAUGUAGUACCUCCACCAGCACCACCUCUUGACCCCAAACUGACACAAGAUGCAACUAAAUUCACACAAUAUUCUAAGAAAUGUAAUCAGGAUGAUUCUGGCUACAGUGCAGUGAAACAGCCAGCCAACAAGCAAGACUGCAGUAGGCCUGUAAUGCCCUUAAUAACCACCAAAGCACUGCAAAUGGUACAACUGAGGUCUGUGAAAAAAUGUACAGGUGCACAGACUGAACAAUCAGCUGGAUCUAUUUCUGAAGCCAACUGUCAGGAAAAAGCAACUGUAAGUUUCUCACCACAGCCUUCUCUAAAACCAUCUCUUUCUCUAAGGCUUAGUAAUAGCCUGGAUGAAGAGAUGAAAGCUCACAGUCCUUCCUUCAAAAACUUAAUUCAAACUCCUCCUCAGAGCUCACUUCCAAAUCUCAGUGACAGUGCACCUGAGAUCAACAGUGGUCAAAAACCUGGAAAUGCAGCAGGUCUAAUACAAACCUUUGAAGCUGAUGUAUCAGGAACAAAUAUUGAAGAAGCACCUCAGUCUCCUGUGCAGAAUGAAAACUCUCACGCUGACUGUAUUAGUAUACUGUUUCAGGUGCCAUCAGGGUCUGCAAACAAGAACCAGGGUAUAUCAUCAAACAAGAAGCCACCUCCUAUUUCAAAGAAACCCAAACUGUUCCUCAUUGUGCCACCUCCGCAGCUAGAUUUUACAGCAGAGAAAAUAGCUAACGUGAGUGAUCCUGUCAGAGGCACAUCAAGUCCAACUAGGAGAGAGACUGCACAUUGCGAAGAAGCAAAAAAUUGCCUUACAGAUGGACUCAGUUCCAAUGAGAUGGACUCGGGCAGAUUGGUUCCUGAGGGAGGAGCUGCUGGUUCCACCUUCUUUGAAACAGUGGAAACCAAUGUCUGUAUGGUACAGCCUGCUGCAUCACCAGUUCAAGAAGCUCCCAGGCAGGAGCAGCAGACCACUUUGGAUGAAGGAAGUAGUUCAGACAGCAAUGGAGAUGACAGCAGUAACACUGACAGACAUCUGUCUCAAGAGGAUGAAAGUGCUGAGGUGUUUGAGACAGGCACAACAAAUAAUUCAUCACUGCCAAGCAACAGUUACAGGGCAGGGAGUGAGGAGGUGGCAACGCCAGCUAGACCGAGAACUACUGAGGAUCUGUUUGCAGCCAUUCACAGUUUGGGACAGAGGCUCAACGCUAAUGCUUCAUGGCAAGCGUGGCUUAAACUGGCAAGUAACAUGAUAUGUCAGUCAUAUGGCAAAACAUAUGACAAGUGCUGGAUUAUAGUUUGCCAUAAUCCAGUCUGAAGUGGAGUAUUUUGUGUCAAAUUGGUUUAGCAAUGAAGAGUGCAAUACAGAUUCCCCUCCCAACUCAAUAGGUACUCAAUAAAAACCUCCCAACUCAAUAGGUACCUGAUUUUUCAUUUAGCUUUCUUUAGAUUUAAAAAAAAUAACACUUCAAUGAGAAGCAGGUACACCAUUUAACCCAGCAGAUAUGCAGAAAAAAAUUAUCUAUAAUUGGAACAGCUGAAGAGCUUGCAUUUGGAAUGUGUGUGGUAGUGGCGCCAUCUUAUGGCCAUGUAGUUUUCUUCAAAACACAUAUGGGCCAAAUUUCCAAAGGGUCAUUGUAAUUGGUUACUUGCACUCACUAGGAAUGUAAUUACUCAGUUUGUGUACACGGUUUGUGUGGCUUUUCCAUCACAAAUAUUAGAAAAGAGGAAGUCAGGACACUCAGGACGCAUAUAUGAUUUCAUUUGUGAAAUAAUCCUCUCCAUUUUAGACAUUAUAUCACAAUGUUGGCUUUCCAUAACUUUUUUAUAUCCCUUCAAAAAGAAAAUUGUGAUAUAAUGUCUGAAGCUGAAAGAAUUAUUGUACAAAGGAAAUAUUGGUUUCUUGAGGACAAUAUUUUAUAUUAUAUACACACACAAAGGGUCGCUCUGCAUUGAAUACAUACAUGGAAUUAAUGUGUGCCUUAUGGCUGAGGGGUGAAAACAUUAUCUAUACACACACAUACACAUUAUACACAAAAUAUAAAAAUAAAAUAGAGCUGUUGGUGAUGCCUAUAGUUAAUAUUACCUGGGAUUUCCCUUUAAAAGACCCCAGUUUUCAGUUGCUUAUAAUUUUGUUAAACUUUAACUACUAGGGCUGAAAUUUUCCAUGUUAGGUGUCUGCUUCAGGCUGAAUUUUUAAGGAAGUUUCAGCAUAAAAUGGUUCGGUUUGAGAACAAUACUAGGAAUAAAUAAGAUUGUUCUGGCCAUGUUAAAAUACUUUUUUCUUUCUCUCCUAACCCUAGCCUCUCCCUUCCCCUCCCUCCCCAGCAACGAGACAUUGAGAAGGUCCUAUGUCUCCAUGCUUUGGAGCAGGGACUUGAAAUUUGGCAAGGAAUUCAGCCUAGGUUAGAGAUGUGCCUUUUGCUCUCCCUGUGAAAUCUGGCUGAAAAAUAAACCUCUGAAAAUCUUGGUUUGUGCAUGUUCCGGGCUGGCAGCAAAUGAUCUGUCUCCACUGAGGAUACUGCACACCCUCAGAGCUCCAGGCCAACCACACUGAGUGUGCCCCUCCGACUCACUGUGUUCACUGAGCAUGCUUCAGCCUAGGAAAUUGCAAUUGUGUCCCUUUGGCAGCUGCAUGAGAGCCUGGACUCGGAGUGUUCAGUGUUUGUGGCAGCCUGCCACAACUUAUCCAGGGAACCUAAGAAAGAGAAGGGAAAUGACCACUUUUAACCAUUUAUAUUUCAGCCAAAUCUGAAUGGAAUUUCAUUGGGGAGGAGGGGGAAGCCAUCUCUCUAGACCCUGGGGAUUCUUCCUGCAAAAUAGCCAAGGCAGGCCACAAACAGUGGAGCUGUAAGAGCUUCUUAAAGACAAGAUCACAAGAAUCCUUGAUAAGUGGAAAGUGUUAGCAACUUAUAUAUAGGGAUCAUUAAACUACCCCGUAUAACAUAUAAAUGUGUAUACUAAAAUUCAAGCAUUAUUCUCCCUUGCUGCAUAGGCCCUGACACAGAGAUUGACUUAGAUAGGAUGUUCCUAGUCUUGGACAACACUGUUGCAAUAUUUUCCCCCCUUAUACUCCUUAAUAUCGCCUGUCCUCCCUCACAGUGGAUAGGUGCCAAUACUGCACUUUUCUCUCAGCUAGAAAGAUGUAAGCAGCAGCAUUUGAAAAUUACACCAAUGACACAAUAAGUUGACUAUAGGUGUGUAAUGGGUGGGAUGCACCUGACCUCCACCACACAAAGGGUCCUGAAAUUAUUCCCAAUAUCAUGUGACUACAUCCUCUUGCUGCCUCCAGCUUACCCAAUGUACUGCAUUUUGGUACUUCGUUUUCUGUUGGUAGGCCAUAAUGCAAAAUGCAUCUGAGCUUGCCAUGGAGAAAACUCAGCCUCUGGCAGAAAUGGAGAUGAAACAUUACAUCAAAAUGUCCUUAGGUAUACAUGGAGUUGUACCAUUUAUGGUUUUAAUAAGGGGGAAUGGUCUGUAUUGUACAAGUGUUUUAGUAAAUAAUAACAUGUAAUUUGUUGUGUAAAUCUUGCAUUUGCAAUUAGUGCUGAGAGUCAUUUUAAAUCAUUUGGUGAAAUUAUAUAUAUUAUAAUUCAGCAUUAAUACACUUUUUAUAUGCAUUCUUUCUUAGUCCACAGGUGCCAAGCAUAUAACCUACAUAAUGACAUAAAGACGGGGACAAUAAAAAUCCAGUUUCCACACACUUAGGCUCUUCUGAUUUUUGCUGUGUUUUCUGUAGUUUUCAUUUUUAAAUUUAAAAUCAUGUCGCUCCUCUGGCUGCAAAGAUAAAUUUCAUGUUGUAAGUUAUCAAAUUGGUCUGCUCUUGGCUCUGUAAUCAAACAGAUGGAAGUCACAGAGCACCAACAACAUUGUGAAUAUCUACCAUUUAUCUUGAAGGCCUGAUUUUAACCAUUUAAAUUCUUAUUUUUAAAAUCAUUUUAUCUAAAACCAUAACAUUUAGUUCUUUUUAUUCAAACCUAUCUUUAGUGUUGUUGACAUGCAUGACCAUGUACAUUUCCAAAAUAAAAUGCACAAAACUACAUCCCUAAGCUCUCCUAGAGGAACCAUGAGCAAUAAACAGCAUGAGUUUCUAAAGAAUAUGUCAGACAGACUAGACGGAUCUAUUUUUAUAAGGGUGUCAAGCAAUU